CGCGCCUCAUGAGUGCAAUUGCUGCUGUUGGCAGAUGGCGGCCAAUGUUUGCAUCCGGUUCUUGGGGUAAUAGUUCAACCACCGGUUGUUUGGGCGCCAAAAUAAAAUUUUAUUUUAAGCGGUCAGUGAAAUUAUUUUUGUUAUAUGGCGCUACAAAAUUAGCCACUACCGACCGAAUGUUAGACAGCGUAAGUUGCAAGGUGCCCACAACGUAUGUAUACAUAUACGCAUCGUUCCUUCCUUCCUGAAAAUCGUACAGAAGUUCACUAUAACUAUUAGGUUAUCACGGCACGCGUACACGGCACGGGGGAGACAUGGAAAGAGAGAGUGAGAGAAAGACAGUGAGAGAGUAUGUUCCAUGUGACGAGAAAGAUACUGCAGCUCGUAUGUACCAUGUGACCAGACAACAGAGAACUUCUAGUAAGUUUGAAUUUAUAUUAUGAGGAUUUUGAUGUACUUGAUAAAUGAUGCUUCCCUUUUACAAGAAUUUCCAAUAAACGAGAUACCAUCCUAUAAAAA